GUCAUUACGCAACAUGCGCGUGUCUCAGUGACAAGCGUCAGCAUCCUACUUUCUUCAGGACCAUCCCCAGCGAUCACCAUCAAGCGGCAGCAUUGGCACGGAUGGUCAAGCACUUCGGAUGGACGUGGAUCGGUGCUGUGUGCAGUGAUUCAGACUAUGGGAACAAUGGCAUGGCAUCAUUCCUGAAAGCUGCAGAGCAGGAGGGAAUCUGUGUGGAAUAUUCCGAGGCCUACUACAGGACUCAGCCACGCAGCAAACUGAAAAGAGUGGCGGAUGUUAUUCGCAAGUCAUCGGCUCGUGUUAUAGUUGCCUUCGUGGCAGCAGGUGAUAUGAGAUUUAUCUUAGAAGAACUGAGCCAGCAGCCUCCUCCCCCGUUACAGUGGAUUGGGAGCGAGGCAUGGGUUACAGACCCACAAAUGCUGCGGUUUAAUUUGUGUAUCGGUGCUGUGGGUUUUGCAAUACCGAGGUCUGUUAUCCCGGGUUUUCGUAAUUUUCUACUUGACCUGUCUCCAAAACAAGCGCUAAAAUUUCCCCUGCUGACAGAAUUCUGGGAAAGCUCAUUCAGCUGUAGUCUAAAACGACAGACAGGUUCUUCUGCUGAUAUGCCAGCUUGUGAUGGCACGGAGGAACUGCGCGCUUUACAGAACCCGUACACAGACACUUCCCAGUUGCGCGUCACUAACAUGGUGUACAAAGCCACAUAUGCUAUAGCUCAUGCCCUCCACGGCAUUAUCUGUAACAAAAAGCAGUGCGACAAAAACAUCAAAGUUGAGCCCAGACAGGUUUUUGAUCAGCUCAAAAGAGUGAAUUUCACUAAAAAUAAUUAUUCGGUCUCAUUUGACACCAAUGGAGACCCUGUGGCCACAUAUGAACUUGUGAAUUGGCAGCUUCAGGGAGACGGUUCAGUUGAUUUUGUGACAGUGGGUCAAUAUGAUGCAUCCAAGCCCAAAGGCCAAGAAUUCAGUCUGAGCAAAUCUAUCAUUUGGUAUGAUGGCAGUGAAGAGGUGCCUGUGUCUGUAUGCAGUGAGAGCUGUCCUCCAGGUACUAGGAAGGCUGUGAGAAAAGGAAGACCUAUCUGCUGUUAUGACUGUAUUAACUGCGCAGAUGGAGAGUUCAGCAAUGUGACAGCUUCAAUCCUCAGACCACAUACUUGUCAGCUUCAGGGACGCUUCAGGCUGAACGGAGUGUACCAGGAUGGAGAUGUUAUACUUGGAGGCCUGUUUGACGUUCACUUAUUCACAGUGUUCCCAGAGCUCAGCUUUAGAACAGAGCCAGAUCCACCAUACUGUGAAAAAUUUAAUAUGGAAAGCUUCCAGCAUGCACAGACCAUGGCUUUUGCUAUAGAUGAGAUCAAUAAGAAUCCAAACCUGCUGCCUAAUAUUACUCUUGGAUAUCAUCUUUAUGACAACUGUGUAAUGCUAGGAAUGGCAUUCCGGGCUGCCAUAUCCCUUGCUAGUGGAACAGAAGAGUCAUUCUCCAACCUCAACUGUACUGGCCCUCCUCCAGUCAUUGGAAUUGUGGGGGAUCCAGGUUCAACUCCAUCCAUUGCAAUUUCCAGUGUUCUGGGGCUGUUCCGUGUACCUAUAAUAAGUCACUACGCCACCUGCUCCUGUUUGAGUGACAAAACAAAGUACCCCUCUUUCUUCAGAACAAUCCCCAGUGAUGCCUUCCAGGUUCGGGCUAUGGUUCAGAUCUUGAGGCAUUUUGGAUGGACCUGGGUUGGUCUCCUCUAUAGUGAUGAUGACUACGGAAUCUAUGCUUAUUUGUCCUUCAAGCAGGAAAUGCAGCUGUUUGGAGGUUGUGUUGCUUUUUCUGAAAUCCUGUCCAAUGAUAACAACCCCAGAAAUAUUCAGCGUAUAUUAGGAGUUAUUCAGACCUCUACUGCUAGGGUGGUGGUUGUUUUUUCUACUUUAUCCUAUCUGCUGCCUUUGAUGGAUGCAGUGGUUUUGCAAAACUUGACAGGCAGACAGUGGAUUGCCAGUGAAGCUUGGGCCACUGCACCCAUAUUUCAAACUCCACAUUUCCUGCCCUUCCUGAGGGGUACACUAGGCAUCGCCAUCAGGCGUGGGGAGAUACAGGGACUUCAUGAGUUUCUUUUACAUCUUCGUCCCAGCAAUGAUCCAAAAAACAAUAUGUUGAGGAUCUUCUGGGAGAACAUGUUUGUGUGCAGUUUUGAAACUGAGAUACAUGAACAACAUAUUAAAAAUGUGUGUACAGGACAGGAGGAUUUGAAUGCCACAUACACACCAUACACUGAUGCUUCAGGGUUGAGAGCAGCUUAUAAUGUCUAUAAGGCAGUUUAUGCCCUGGCACAUGCACUUCAUGACCUGAUGCAGUGUGAAGAGGGGAAAGGACCAUUUAGUGGAAACAGUUGUGCCAACACAAUGAACCUGAAACCCUGGCAGCUGGUUCAUUACCUAAAGAAAGUGAACUUCACCACAGGCUUUGGGGAUCAAGUGUCAUUUGAUAAAAAUGGAGAUGCUUUGGCGAUCUAUGAUGUGUUGAAUUGGCACCCUUGCUAUGACGGAUCAGUAAGGGUCCAAGCAGUUGGUGUAGUGAAUGAAGAUUCGACAAAAGGGAUGCCCCCACGAUCUGUGUGCAGUGAGAGCUGUCCCCCAGGAACCAGACAAGCCACAAGGAAGGGCCUUCCUGUCUGCUGUUUUGACUGCAUGCCAUGUGGAGAUGGAGAUAUUUCUAAUAAAACAGAUGCUAUUGAGUGCACAAUGUGUCCAGAUGAGUUCUGGUCCAAUCCAGAAAAGGAUCAGUGUGUCCCUAAAGUAGUUGAGUUUCUGUCCUAUGAGGAUCCUCUGAGCAUCUCUCUGACCACUGCUUCCCUGCUUGGAACCUGUUUAUGUGCUGUUGUGAUAGUCAUAUUCUAUCAUCACCAUAACACUCCAAUUGUACGUGCAAACAAUUCAGAGCUCAGUUUCCUGCUGCUGUUUUCACUCAAACUGUGUUUCCUGUGUGUACUACUGUUCAUUGGCCAACCACAGCUGUGGACAUGUCAGUUUAGACAUGCUGUGUUUGGCAUAAGCUUUGUCCUGUGCAUUUCCAGCAUUCUGGUCAAGACUAUGGUGGUGAUAGCUGUGUUCAAGUCAUCUCGACCAGAGGGCAAAAGUGCAAUGAAAUGGUUUGGGUCAGCUCAACAAAGAUGCACAGUUCUGCUCCUAACAGCACUUCAGGUGGUGAUAUGUGCAGUCUGGCUAUCAACUGCCUCUCCAACACCACAUAAAAACAACCAGUAUAUCCGCUCUAAAAUAGUAUAUGAAUGUACUAUUGGCUCAGUUGCUGGUUUUUCUAUGCUGCUGGGAUACAUUGGCCUGUUAGCAGCAGUAAGUUUCCUUUUAGCCUUUUUAGUGAGAAAUCUUCCAGAUAAUUUUAAUGAAGCAAAGUUCAUCACAUUUAGCAUGUUGAUCUUCUGUGCUGUGUGGAUUGCAUUUGUUCCAGCAUAUGUGAGCUCUCCAGGGAAAUAUGCAGUGGCUGUGGAGAUUUUUGCCAUUCUAGCUUCUAGUUUUGGAUUACUGGUGGCAAUAUUUGCCCCAAAGUGCUAUAUUAUCCUUGUUCAUCCAGAGAGAAACACUAAAAAAGCCAUCAUGGGUAGAGAAACACUAAAUAAAUAG